AUGAAAUCUCAGAAACAAUCACAAGCUCAUAGGACACGUCAAUCAAAACAACAAAUGAGAAGGCUACGUGAAAAGAAAAAGAAUAAAGCUGAAGUAAGAAAAAAACCAGCUAUUCCAUACAAACAAAGAGAACGAAUGCGACAGGCUGAACGGCGUAAAAUUGAGCUCAUUAAAAUUCAGGAAGCUGAAGCAACGAAGGCGUACCGUGAUAAACACAAAGAAUAUCAAGAAUGUGAACGCAAUCGUCUCGCUAACCUUCGCAAAUUGUCUGAAUUUCGUGAAAAAGAGGCUUUAACGCAAAAAAAACGUCGCGAUGACAGUGAAGAAUAUCGGAAAAACUAUCGAGAAGACAAUGGAGAAUAUCGAUUAGCAGAAAAAAUACGAGUGUGUAAAUUACGAGCAAAUCCAAUUUAUCGUCAAGCUGAAAGAUUGGCUGAUAGACGGAAAAAGAAAAUCAUGAGAUAUGAUCGAUUCAAACGCUCUCUUCUGAAUCGGAAAGCACGUGUGGGUAUGCGCAAAACUCGCAAUUCAAAUGUUAUUACAGCUCGCAAGCGAGCAUUACGUCUGCAAAAAAACGCAAUCACACGACAAACAGCACAACAUCGACUCCGAAAACAAUUAUCCAGAACGAAAACUGCGCCUUCCGAAAAUGACAUUUUCAAAUUGCGACGUAACUUUCAACUCUAUUUACGUGAACAGGCACAAGCACAUUCAAAUUCAUUAGUCAUUCGCCAAAAAGUCAAAAACAUUGACAAUUUUAUUGCAGAGCGUGGAGAUACUCCAAUGUACAUCUGCAUUUGUUGCGAAAGACUGUUUUUCUAUCAUUCUGUAGUUAGAGCAACGCAAGAGGAAAUCGAUGAACUGGCUCCAGAUAAUUCAAGGUUUUCAACGCUUUACAUUUGCAAAACAUGCCGGCAACAGUGGCGUAAGGAUGCAACAAAAUUGCCAACACUUGCAGUGAAAAAUGGUUUACAAUUUCCUGAUUUGCCGAACUGUUUGAAAAAUUUGACACCACUUGAAGCACGUUUCGUAUCGCCAUACAUAAACUUUAUGCAAAUUCGUGAUUUAACACCAUUCGCCUUAAACCCGCAACUCGGAAUCAAAGGCAGUGUCAUAAAUAUUCCAAUUAGUGUGCCUGAAAUGGUAGAUGUUCUGCCUAGAUCGGCGGACAACAUGCAAACCAUUCAAUUGAAAUUAAAGAGACGCUUGGAGCAUACGUCUAACUACAUGUUCGAAACCAUCAGUCCAAAAUCAAUUUAUGAAGCACUCGUGUUUUUAGUUCAACAGGAACUGUAUAAAAAACAUAAUAUUACAGUCGACGAAAAGAUUAUGGAAGAAUAUGCAAACAGUACGCAAUCAAUGGAUUUUAUUAUUGAUUCAGAUGAUGAAAAUGCGCUUGAAGAAGCUGCUGCCACCGUCGCUGCUUUUGCUACUACGAAAACAUCAAAUUCAAAAACAAACGAUGAUGCUGACAACUCGGAUUCAAUGUGUGAGCUUACAUUCCCGAAGAUAUAUGCCGGCGGAACAUUCAACACCAAUUCCGUGUCAUACACGAAUAGAGUUAAAUCAGAAUUGAGAAGAGCUGAUCGACGUUCAUGUGAUCCGGAUCAUGUACUUUAUAUGGCAAAAGAAAAGCAAGAACGCCAAUGCCUCUCAAAUAUCAACGUUUGUUUAAGAAAAGUGAAAGGUCUAGAAAAUAUGACUGCAGGAAAUUUCUUAAAAGAAGAUACUGUGAAUAAUUUAGUUUCACAUGACGCAAGUUAUCGCAUUCUCUCUCAAAUAAGAUCAUCUCCAGCUUAUUGGGAAACGAAAAAGAAAGAAUUAAUGGCACUUUUACGGCAACUCGGCAAACCGGUAUUUUUUUUAACGCUUACGGCAAACGAGAAAAGAUGCCCGGAGUUAUUGCAAUUAUUGUAUCAGUACCACUACAACAAAGAAAUAACGCUUGAAGAAGCGAUGGAAUUGCCCGACGACGUCAAAACUGAAAAGAUUCGAAAAGAUCCAUGCAUAGUGGAGUUUCAAAUGCGCGGUUCACCACAUGAGCAUAUUAUAAUAUGGUUGGAUGGUGCUCCAUUUCUCGACAUGGACAAUUUGGAAGAAUCCGAAAAGGAAUGCAUUAAGUUUAUUGAUAAAUUCAUAACAUGCAAAAAUGACGAAUCUAUUCCAGUAAUUAGUCAACAAAAUCACAAGCACACCAGCACUUGUUACAAGAAAAAGGGUAAAAGAAAAAAAUGCAGAUUUGGAAUUCCCCUGCCAGUAAUGAAAGGAACUCGUAUUUUACAUCCACUAAAAGAAGAAGAAGAGCUAGAAAAAGAGAAAGGUAAAGAAAAUUACGCCAAAAUCAAAAAGCAUAUGCAAGCAUUAUAUAAGAAGCCAGUCUACGUUUCAUUUGAUGAUAUAUUGAAAGAAAUGGGUUUGACUGAGAACGAGUACAUUUUUGCCAUUCGUAGCUCACUGAAUAAGUCGAAAGUGUUUUUGAAACGAUGUAGCUGUGACGUAGGAACGAAUGCGUAUAAUUACGACAUUUUGCAUAUGUUCGAAUCCAAUAUGGAUAUCCAAUUCAUUUUAAAUGAAUAUGCCGUUGCGUCAUAUAUUGUAAACUACAUUUCAAAAGUCGAUUCUGGGUUAUCAAAGUUACUGCGCCAAGCCGUUGCCGACACCAACGCUGGAAAUGUGUCACUCCGGGAAAAAUUCCGAAAAGUUUCAAACGCAUUCAUUAAUGGUUUACUUUUAUCAGCUCAAGAAGCGGCGUAUUUGUGUUUGUCAAUGCCUCUUUCAAAAUCUAGUGUUGAUGUUGUAUUCAUAAAUACAGGACCUCAUGAAUCGCGUGUACGUAUGCUAAAAUCGAAGAAACAGUUGAAAGCAAUGAAUGCUGACGACUCGAAUUGUACAGUUCCAGACGCUUUUGAUCGAUAUGAACGUAGACAGGGCAAUGAUGAUGUAUGUCUUGCAGACUUUGUAGCUGCGUAUAAAGAAGUAACACAAAAUGAUGGUUCAAUCAAAAUGGUCCUACGACAGCAACCAAAAGUCAUUCGAUAUGUCCGCUAUUCUCAUAAACAAGAUCCAACAAAUUUCUUUCGCGAACAAUGUUUGCUCUUUCUUCCUUGGCGAAGCGAACAAACUGACAUCGAAGGUCAAAAUUAUCAACAGUUUUACGAACAAAAUAGAAACAUCAUACGAGAAAAUCAAAAGAGAUAUGUCACUAUUUCUGAUGAAGAAAUAGACGAACUAUUUAAAAAUGUUGUUCCAGGCGACGAUGAUUUUGAUGAAGAUGACGAGUACAAUAUGGAAUACAUCAACGAACAAGAUGAACCGGUUGAUAUUUUAGCGCAAGGUGGUUUAGUUAAACCCAAAUCCAAGGAGACAUCCAAUCGAUACUUUUGUCCACAAAAAUUUCCGAAAAAUGAGAUUUUGCCAAUGCUUGAAGUGCUCAAUUCAAAACAACGAUUGUUUGUAAUGGAAAUAUUGAAACGCUUGAAAUGUGAAUAUACUCCAUUCAAUAUCUUUUUAAGUGGUGCUGCCGGCGUUGGAAAAAGCACAGUAAUCAACGCAAUUUAUCAACUGGCUUCACAUCAUUUUGAUAAUAUACAUGGAAUCAAUCCAGAUUCGUUGAAAGUGUUAUUAGCCGCAUUUUCUGGCAAAGCAGCAUGUAUCAUCGGCGGAACGACUCUUCACACGGCAUUUGCAUUGCCAAUAAAUCAAUUCGGCGGUGAUUUACCGACUCUUUCAAACAAUAUUGCAAACACAAUUCGUGCUCAACUUGUCCAUCUUAAACUCAUGAUCAUUGAUGAAAUUUCUAUGGUCGGAUCGAAAAUCUUGCAUUGGAUACACCAACGACUUGUGCAAAUUUUUGGAAAAAAUGAACCAUUUGGUGGGAUUUCGGUGAUUGUCGUUGGCGAUUUGCAUCAAUUGCCACCAGUUGGUGAUCAAAAAGUCUUCAAGCCAUUUCGAAAUCCGAACAACAAUCGAAUUGGAAGCUUGCUUGGACCAGUUUCAGUGCUUUGGGAAAAUUUUGAAUACUUCGAGCUAAGCCAGGUAAUGCGGCAAAAAGACGAUAUCAAUUUUGUCAACGCAUUGAAUCACCUUGUAAUCGGUCAAAUGACUGCAAAUGACAUUCAGCUAAUUAAAUCACGAGAAGUGACAGAUCAAAAUGUACCAACCGAUGCAAUUCGACUUUUUUGGUCAAAUGCAGAUGUUAACUUUUACAACGUUAAACGAAUUGAACAAAUGACCGGCGAUUUGAUAAAACACAGAGCUCUCGACAACAUCUGCGGCAAAAUUUCGGCUGCAAGUAAAAAGAAACGAUUGGAAACUAUGUCAAAUAUGUCAAGGCACCAAACAUAUGGUUUACCGUACGAUCUGGAUUUGAAAAUCGGCAUCAGAUAUAUGGUAACAGUCAAUAUUGAUGUCGAAGAUGGUCUUGUGAACGGAGCUACUGGAACUUUAGGAUACAUUCAAUGUGACAAUAACAAAGAAAGUGGUGAAAAAACUGCAAAGGUUUUAUACAUCGAAUUCGACUAUGAACGCACCGGUCAAAAAGCAAAACGAGAACACACCCACAAUUUAGGAACUGCUAUUGACGACAAAUGGGUGCCAAUCAAACCAAUAUCGAGAGAAAUAUCAACCACGAAAAAUGCAUCAAUUCAGUGUUAUCGAAAACAGUUUCCAAUAACACCGGCUGAAGCAUUAACCAUACACAAAGGACAAGGAUCAACAUAUGAAUCGGUAUGUGUUUCUUUGAAAAAGUCGUUGCCUCGCGAUCUAUUGUACGUUGCUUUGAGUCGAGUUACAAAACUAAACAGUCUUUACAUAAUUGGCAAAUUCAAAGCACCACCGCCACCAAGCAAAAACAACGACACAAUGAUUGAAAUCAAUCGAUUAAAAACACAAAUGGCCAUGAGAUGUUGCUUCAAUCCAUUGGAGGAAAAAUCUGGAUUGACAUUCGGAUACCACAAUACAAGUUCAUUUGUAAAACAUAAGCAACACAUUAGAAAUGACGACUGGUACCGAAGAUGUGACGUUUUAGUACUGGCGGAAACGCGAACCAUGCCUUCAAAUGAUAUAGAAAUACCAGAGUUUGAAAUUGUUGAUCGAUUCGAUGUUGUAAGAACGAGCAAAACACGUGGAAUUGUCAUUUAUGCCAAACCAGAUAUGGUAACCAAUAAAAGCAUAACUUACAUUCAUGGGGACGUCAAAUAUGACAGUCAAAUAGGAUACCAUUCUGAAAUCUAUGCGUAUGAUGUGAAUGGUACAUGUCUGAUCACCGGUUACAAGUCACCUAAAACACCAAUUGACAUUUUUAAAAAUCAAAUUUAUGAGGCAUGGGAUGUGGCAAAAUCGUGCGAAGAACACAUUUUAAUGGGUGAUUUCAACUUUGAUAUUUUGGGAAGUUCAGGCAGUAAUUUUAUCAAACUAAUGGACAAAUUUAAUAUGAAAAAUAAACUCGGUGCAGAAGAAGUGACUACAACUAACAACACUCAAAUAGAUAUUGUAUUCAGCGACUUCGAAUGCAUAGCCGGUUCAUACGAAAGCUACUUCUCCGACCACAAACCAAUUUAUGGUAUGCUGUUUGACGUAAAUACCACCACAGAGCAACGUCUAAAACUGAAAGCACAGUGGGCAACAACGAAUUUAAUCAAGAACAUAACCAUGAAAGGAAAACUGUUACCAGCACAACUACCAUCAAAAUCAAGUGCUAAAAACCAAGUCCCAGUUCGAAGGAGUACAAGGCGUGAUACCGCACAAAAUGUGAUACAAAAUGUAGUUCUACCAUUACUACCACCACCACCACAAAGGUCAUCAGCGUCACCAAUCGUUAUCUCAGGUGAACAAGUUGGAGUUGAUCAGGCAAGAGCAGCUGUACAAGAUGCAAGAGCAGAAGAGCGUAGGCAAUCCUGUUUACGUAUUCGUUCGCAACAUAUACAUCUUACAACUGAUGAAAUGGAUGAAUUUAUCAAAGUUGUCAAUCAAACCAUGGGUAACCAUAUGAUAAGUGUCAUUUUGGCUCAAACUCCUUUACUAUACGAACGACAAGAUCAUUUGAUGAAUGACAUACAAAUCGUUUAUGUGGGCCCACUUACAAGAAAUCCCAAUCGUGUGAUAAUCGGCCACUAUAUUUGUGUAAAUUACGAUGCGAUGAAUCAAAUAGUCUACAUUUAUGACAGUUUGUACAGGGGUGAUUCGCCAUUCGAAGCGGACGAUCUCACGAGCCAUUUUCAACAAAAUCACAUUUCCAUCAGAACAAGGCAAAUAAUAAACAUUCGAUAUCCAAACCACCGUCAACGAAUUUUCGUGAAACCUGCAACCAAUCAACCCGAUUCAAUAUCGUGUGGGGUGUUCGCUUGCGCAAAUGCCACUUCUCUCCUGCUGAACCAAGAUCCAAGUCAAUAUCUGUUACGUUUAACAACAUCACGCGAUCCAACAAGUACCGAUUCAACAACAGAUCUAAGGUACCAUUUGGCAGAUAUUAUUGAAACUGGACAAUUGUCUCUAUUUCCAUCUCUUCCACCUCAAUAA